AUGAAGAGUCUACUAAUCAUCACGGUGGUUUUAUUCGUAGGGAAAAAGGUUGAAUGUGGAGCGAGAGAGGAGAUCGCCGCAAGAGUUGUUGGUGGAAUUGGUGUCACAUUUUACACCAAAGAUGAGAUUUUGAAGAUUCUUCAAUGCACCGAAGAGAAAGCUUUCAAAAAACCGGAGGAUCAGGAUUUAUUAUGGAGUUGUAAGCUUUAAAAACAAUUUUUUUAAGAAAAAAUUCGAAUUUUCAGCUGGGAGGCAAUGUGUUUUGAGCAAUUCGGGAAAUAAAGGAGUGCAAGCGUUAUCAAUGUAUUCUAAUCUGAAUAAUUGUCUGAAAAAGGGCAAUUCGAAUGUCGAUCAAUUGUCUGAAAAAGUGCAGAAGCGGGCAAUUUCGGAGACGCAGGAGGUUACUGAUAAGGUUUGAAAUUUUUGCGUCCGCGACGCACACGCAACGCAUUCAACCCUCAAAUUUUGUCCAGGCGAUCAAAAAAAUCUCCGCAUGCAAAAAAUCGUGCGACGCUCCGGAUUCCGCUGCGUGCCGCGAGCAAUGCGUCGAAAUCUUCUACACAAUUCUGAAGCAAAACAUCAACAAACCAACAAUCGAGGAUAUUUGCACAAAAGUGGCGAAAGACGAUUUGACGCAAGUCGAAUACAAAUGCACAUAUCAAACGUUGGUGCAAGUCAUGAAAAUUGACUCGUAUCAAUGUUCGAAAAUUGAGAAAAUCUAG